AUGUGCAAUGCAGAAGAAUACUUUUUGGCUCUAGAUGAACCUUUCCUGCUUCCAUCGAGUGCCAUUUAUCGUAUUAAUGAUAAGUUAGACGAUGCAUCCGACCUUUCAUCAAUAUACUCUAAUGAGCCCGAAUUAGCAGUUGGUGAUGGACAUGAUGCAGAUGAAUUAUUUAUGGAUGAUGCUGAAUUCGCUCGAAGACUUUAUAAGUUUGGUUUAGACACCAGUGGUCUUCCGUUACGAGAUGAUCUACUCUUCAAAACAUUCGACAAAGCUGCGAAUUUUACUCUAAAGAUGGAAGAACUUUCAUGGUGGAAAAAAUUCAAGGGAAUUAAAGCAAAACCAGUUCAAGUACCACACGUCGCACUUUGGGAUUAUUUCGGUGGUACAUCAUGUCUGGAUAUCAAUUGUACAGCGGGAGAUCAAAUCGACGUGCUCUGCGAAGAAUUUCAAGUUCGCGAAAUUGAUAGCGUAACAACAGACGGUCGAACAUUUUUACGACUCCCAAUGCAAUGGUCAUUGGGUCGGUGGAUUAGAAACAGAUCGUUUCAGUCAAACAUUGGAUUGAUACCAUCCUGUUGGCUUAUCAGUAAAAGUUUCUAUAAUGCAAAUAAAAGAUUAUUUUCUCAUCCAACAUGGUUUUUGGGAAUCUCUGAUCUUAACACUGCUUAUGAUUAUCUUCUAGAAGACCGUAGCUCUUACAGACCAGGAUUAUUUGUCAUCUUUUCACCAAUUUGGCUCAAUAUCGAUGCUCGUGAUCACCGACCUUAUAUCAUUCUUGUUAUGUGUUGCAAAAGCAAGAAUAUCCUGAAUGAAAUGAUAAAAGCUUAUACGAACCAAAUUAUAACAGCAAAAGGAGCUCUGAAUGACUUGAGUAUGCGGUUGACCUCUGUCCUACAUUCGCCCGUUAUCGAAGAUCAAGCACAAACCGAUUUACAAAAGAAAGAUAAUUCGAGGAAUGAUGCAUCAGCAGAAAAUUUAUCUGCAGACGUAUCAGCACUAUCUGGUUAUCAGGAAGUGUCCAAGGUGUUGUAUAAGAAACCAAUUAAGCAAGAACAUAAAGAUAGGAAUAAGCUUAACUCCGAAAAGGAGGAAAUCAAUUCAGAACAUAUUCAACAUGCAUCACUACCAUUCUACAUCAAGACCUACACAAUCCGUCGUAGUCGAAUUGGGCGCUACUUGUUGUUUAAUCGACAAUUUUCAACACUCUAUGACUUAGUCUACUACUACACAAACUACCAAUCACCAAUUCCACACAAACUCAACUAUGGACCUACAAAGAAGCAGCAAGUUAUUUAUUUCCACAAUGUCCCAGCACCAUUUACUUCACCAACUCGCGACAUUUAUGCAAUGACGAUGAAAAGUGAGCAAUGGGCAGCACGACACUUUGAUCAGAUAACAGAACCGACACUUCUGUCGCAAACGUUUUCGUUUAUUUCCCGUUCUGUUUUCGAUCCUUCCAAAAACUCACACAUGGAAUUUGCGCAUUCUAUACAACUUACUAGUGAUGCUAUCGAAGGAGCUCAAAAUUACAUGAAGCGUUCUAUGUCAAAGGAAAAUAUAGAAUCCCUAAAGGAUGAUAAUGCCCGAAUAUUCGGAAAUAGAAAGGACACGACUGCCGAUCCUGCUCCAAACGAUGACUCAAUAUUGAAGACGGACAUUGCCAUAGAAAUCGACAUUUCAAAUUUAAAAUAUUCUCCGGAAGACAUGCUGGGAUCUGGAGCAUUCGGUGCAGUGUAUCGUGGAAAACUAGAAACAGUCGAAGGAGAAGUAAAUGUCGCUAUUAAAAAAUUGAAAAUGGUUGUAAUAAGCCAUCCAAAUGUAACAAAAUUCUACGGCUUUUGUUACAAUGAAACGAAAGAGUAUGCAAUGCUUACAUUCGAACUUGUGGACAUCGGAUCGCUGGCUGACUUUAUGAAGGAACAUGAAUACAAUAUAUCGGCAAAUGAGCAUGUUGAUUUCCUUACACAAAUAGCGCGCGGCAUGGCACAUCUUCACUCACUCGAUCCACCAAUUGUACACGGUGACCUCGCUGCACGCAAUGUUCUAAUUCAUCAUCAUCCAAAAGACGAAACAAGAUACAUAUUGAAAAUAAGUGACUUUGGUUUAUCAAAAACGACUCGUCACGAAGCACACUUCUUCCCCGACGAUCCGCAUAAAAUACCUUUCAAAUGGUUGCCACCAGAAGUGUUACAUCGUCGAGAGCUAAGCACCAAAUCAGAUAUUUGGGCAUAUGCAAUACUCGCUACCGAAAUUUAUGGUGUUAUUGACCCAUAUGGAAUGCUGCCGAAUGAAAAAGUAUUGCCCUUCCUAAAAGAUGGUCAUCGGAUGGAGAAACCAUCGACGAUGCCUUAUUACAUCUACAAUAUUAUAUUACAAUGCUGGCGAAAACAGCCUGUAGAUAGACCAACCUUUAAUGAAAUUGUUCGUGAUUUAAUGCCGUAUUACAUCGAAUAUGAAAGUAGUCACAUCAUCAUGUUAACAUCCAGGAUAAUCGCCGAGUCCAUAAUGAAUAAAAAAGGUUAA